AUGUCCAAAUUCACUAUUGAAGAAGUUGCAAAGCACAGAGUUGAUACAGAUUGUUGGAUUGUCAUUCACGGCAAAGUGUACGAUGUAACCCACUUUCUACAGGAGCAUCCAGGAGGCAAAAAGGUCUUGCUCAAAGUUGCUGGUACUGACGCGUCCAAGCAAUUUGAUGCAUAUCACAACGCCAGUGUGUUACAAAACGUAGCUGCAAAAUACGAAAUCGGACAGAUGAGCGAUGCCACAGACAGUGAGCAAGAAGAAAUCACAACCACUGAAGAGUUGGAUGAGCAAGAAAAGCCUUCAUCAGAAAACAAUCCGUUGAUUAUGGGCGAAACAUUUGGCGAUAUGGUUCCUUUUGGCGAUCCCAUGUGGUAUCAAGACUGGCAGAGCCCCUUUUAUAAUGAUUCUCAUCGUGCUGUACGCAAAUACAUGCGCGAGUUUGUUGAGAAAGAAAUUAUGCCAAACUGUCAUGCGUGGGAUGAAGCAAAGCAGAUUCCUAGUGAGUUAUUCAUCAAGGCUGCCAAAGCAGGCAUUUUGGCUGCUGUCGUGAGCUUUGGUAGCGAGGGAAAAUAUCUUCCAUACCCUCUUCCUGCUGGCAUUGCUCUUGAAGAGUGGGAUGCAUUUCAUUCUGUGAUUGUCACUGAUGAACUCUCUCGUUGUGGUUCUGGUGGUGUUCUUUGGGCAUUGUGUGGAGGAUUAGGAAUUGGCCUUCCUCCAAUCUUGCACUUUGGUUCUGAUUACCUAAAGGAAAAGGUAGUUUCUGAUUGCUUGGCUGGAACAAAGAUCAUCUGUCUGGCAAUCACUGAGCCUUCUGGCGGGUCUGACGUUGCAGGCCUCCAAACAGAGGCUAAAGAUAUGGGCGACCACUACUUGCUAAACGGUGAAAAGAAAUGGAUUACCAAUGGCGUAUUUGCAGACUACUUUUGUGUAGCUGUUCGAACUGGCCAACCUGGCUUUGGUGGUAUCUCUUUUCUUUUAGUUGAGCGUGACAUGCCUGGCGUUAGUACUCGACAAAUGAAGUGCAGUGGUGUCUGGCCAUCUGGAACUGCCUACAUUACAUUUGAAGAUGUGAAAGUGCCCAAAGAAAACCUUGUGGGUAAAGAGAACAAGGGCUUCAAGUAUAUUAUGUGGAAUUUUUCAUCAGAACGAUUGGGGAUAGUCAUUCAGGCCAAUCGAUUUGCAAGAGUUUGCAUUGAAGAGUCAAUCAAGUAUGCCAACAAACGAAAGACAUUUGGAAAAAAGCUUAUUGAUCAUCCUGUAAUUCGAAACAAGAUUGCACAUAUGAUAAGACAAGUAGAGGCCACUCAUGCUUGGAUGGAGAUCCUGACCUACCAAGCUAGCAAGCUGCCCCCUCAAUUGCUGCCUAUUCGCUUGGGUGGCCCGAUUGCUUUGUGCAAAGCUCAAUCGACACAGACAUUUGAAUACUGUGCUCGUGAGGCCGCCCAAAUAUUUGGUGGAUUGUCGUACACUCGUGGUGGGCAAGGUGAAAAGAUUGAAAGAUUAUACAGAGAGGUCAGAGGUAGAUAUUACAGUGUUACAUUUGUCUAUUCAACACCCUUUACUGAUUUAAACUUGCACCUAUCUUUUCUGACAGCGUAUUCGAUUCCAGGCGGAAGCGAGGAGAUUAUGCUCGAUCUUGGCGUUCGACAAGCAAUGAAAGUUGGAGCUUUUAUGGGAGCCAAGAUGUAA